ACGAGGUGCGAACUCGCGGAAGCGCUGCUCGGUUACGGCUUUCCUCGAUCUCAGCUGGGCGAAUGGGUAUGUCUGGCCGAGAGUGAAAGCAGCCUGGUCACGAACGCGACACACCUCAACAAGAACGGAACGGUCACGACGAGCAUCGAUUACGGGAUCUUCCAGAUCAGCAACAAAUUUUGGUGCUACCCGACUGCAAAGGGCGGCUGCAAGAUCCCCUGCCAAUCUCUGCUCGACGACGACAUAUCGGACGACGCGGGCUGCGCCGUGCACGUCUACGAGGAGACCAAGAAGCUGAAAAAGAGCAUGGGAAUCGGAUUCUCUGCCUGGGAAGGAUGGAAGAAGAGGUGCAGGGGGAAGGACCUCGAGUUCUACUUGAGGGGGUGCAAGCUC